AUGUUGAACAGAAUUAACAAAUCGCGUUCUAGUUAUUCGAUGAAAACUCAAGAGCAUCAUCGUCUUGCUGAGCUUAUUUCUGCUUUUGGUAUUGAAAUGCCUGCUUGUGCUCAUUGUUGGGAGAUGGGGGCUUUCUAUUGUUUUGCUGAAAACUCUUCUCGUUGUGAGGAGUGUGUUUCUCUGAAUCAGAGCUGUGAUACUGGUUGUUUCUCGGCCUCUGCUGCGGGGCGUUUGAUUCGUGAAAAGCGCAAGGUUUUGAGCGAGGAGGCUGAGGCAGAGUUAGCAAACGCUGCUGCCCUACAAGCCUUGCUGGCGUCGCAGGCUUGUCUUGAUUGUGUACGGAAACAGCGAAGGCUGUUGGAGGAGCGUGCUGCAGAAAUGAUUCGUUGUAGUUUCAAUUCCUUGGAGGGGUUCGCUGAUGAGGAGGAUCGCAAUCUUUGCAAAGAGAAGACUUGUCUGAUGUCUCAGGGACAUCUUGAGGUUAUCGACUGGAGUUCCUUAGCCUUUGAUCCUAGCAUGUCUGGUUGGCCUUCCCUUCUGGAGAGUGAAACUGCAGCGCCUGAUUCUCGUUCCGGGGUGGAGCGAUCAUCUUAG